CCUCAGUCACGCGUUAGUUACGCAAUGGACUCAAGGUGCGCGAGCCGAUUGGGUGGCAUCGGUGGUUACAAUGACACCGGUGGUGGCUACCUGGACCAGUCGAAUCCGCGUAUGUAUUGCACCGGGGGAUACUGUAUGGGUGACACAAUGAUGGCCAGCGCUACGGGACGGGGCCUUUGCGGCGAGGAGCUCGAGCUAGAUAUGCGACGACACAUACAGGCUUGCGCGUGCACAUGCAACCACAUGGGUUACGGAAAUUACAUGGACUAUCAGACAACGUGCCUAACCGAACUACCGGACGUGGCGCCGUGCAACGGUACUGUGCGCCUUCCCGGCCCCUGCGAAGACUCGCCGAGCAGCGGCACCAGCAGUAAGGACCGUCGCCGAGACAACGGCCCGAGGCGCAAAUACCGUCUCCUCGCGCCCGUCCUCCUGCUCGUCGCGGCCCUGCUUCUAGGCGGCCUCUGCUUGCCGCUGCUCCUCCAAAGUGCUCCUGCCACGCAUCAGCAAAGGCUGGACGUUAUCAGGAGGAUUCUCACUGAAGUGCCUCUAAUUGACGGGCACAACGAUUUGCCCUGGAACGUUAGGAAGUUCGUACACAAUCAAUUGGGAGAGGUGAAUCUGAGCAGCGACUUGGGUAGGGUUGACCCCUGGGCCAAGUCCGAUUGGAGUCACACGGACAUACCGAGGCUGCGAGCCGGACUCGUCGGUGCACAGUUUUGGUCAGCGUAUGUGCCAUGCGGUGCAGCGCAACUCAACGCCGUUCAGCUCUCCUUAGAGCAAAUUGACGUGAUUCGUAGACUUGCCGAAAUGAACGCCCAGCACUUGACCCUAGUCACUUCUGUCAAAGGUCUUGUGGAGGCUCAUCGAGAAGGUAAAAUUGCAAGUUUAAUCGGAGUCGAAGGUGGACACUCUCUUGGAAAUUCUCUUGGUGUGCUCAGAACAUUUUAUGGACUUGGUGCCCGCUAUCUCACUCUAACGCAUGCUUGUGAUACGUCCUGGGCAGUUUGUUCAGUUGGAGAGACGAAUGCCACUCAAGACUCAACGCCUGGUCUCAGCGAAUUUGGAAAGGCAGUCGUGAGAGAACUCAAUAGACUGGGGAUGCUGGUGGACCUGUCGCACGUCUCCACGCGAACGAUGAAUGCAGCCCUGCAGACGACGAAGGCGCCGGUCAUUUUCUCACACAGCGCCGCCCGGGCGCUCUGCAAUUCCAGUAGGAACGUGCCGGACGACGUGCUCCGAAAUCUGGCAAAAAAUGGCGGAAUAGCUAUGGUCCCUUUUUAUACUUAUUUCAUCACGUGCAAUAGCUCGGCAACAAUUAAGGAUGUAAUUGCGCACAUCAAUCACAUACGGAAGGUGGCUGGCAUCGAUCAUGUUGGCAUUGGUGCUGGCUUCGACGGAAUAAAUUUCACGCCCACGGGUCUGGAAGAUGUGUCCCGAUAUCCACAACUACUAGCAACGUUGCUCGAAGACCCAACGUGGACCGAGGAGGACAUAAAAAAGUUGGCUGGCCUCAAUGUCCUACGGGUCUUUGGUAAAGUCGAGCAGGUAAGAGAUGAGUGGCAAAAGGCUGCAGUUCUACCCGUAGAAAAAAUCAGUCCACCUGAUAAUUCUGCCUGUGCCUACGGCGUUUCCUGAUCUCGUUAAACGCGAACAAGCCAUCGCAAUUUCACGUAACCAUCAAGGCACAUUUCUC